CGCGCCCUGGUCACCGCACUCGCCCACUCGUCCACUUGCUGGCCAGCAUGACGGAGCGCCGCGUGCCCUUCUCGCUGCUGCGCAGCCCCAGCUGGGACCCCUUCCGCGACUGGUACCCGGCGCACAGCCGCCUCUUCGACCAGGCCUUCGGGAUGCCCCGGCUGCCCGAGGAGUGUUCGCAGUGGCUCGGCCACAGCAGCUGGCCCGGCUACGUGCGGCCGCUGCCCGCGGCCCCGCUCGAGGGCGCUGCGCCGGUGGCCGUGGCCGCGCCUGCCUACGGCCGCGCCCUCAGCCAGCAGCUCAGCAGCGGCGUCUCGGAGAUCCGCCACACGGCCGACCGCUGGCGGGUGUCCCUGGACGUCAACCACUUCGCCCCCGAGGAGCUGACGGUCAAGACCAAGGACGGCGUGGUGGAGAUCUCCGGCAAGCAUGAAGAACGGCAAGACGAGCACGGCUUCAUCUCUCGGUGCUUCACCCGGAAAUACACGCUGCCCCCGGGUGUGGACCCCACCCUGGUCUCCUCCUCCCUGUCCCCUGAGGGCACCCUCACCGUGGAGGCCCCGAUGCCCAAGCCAGCCAUCCAGUCGGCCGAAGUCACCAUCCCGGUCACCUUCGAGUCGCGCGCCCAGCUGCGGGGCCCGGAAGCAGAGAAGUCAGAGCAGCCUGGAGCCAAGUAAAGGUCAUCACCCUGCCCGCCCACCCCCGUCUCGACCUCCAGGAGCUGCCACUAGCCGUCUCUGCCCACCCAUCUACUCUUUUGAUACGUGUACCUUCCGUUUUUUCUCAAAUAAAGUCUGAAGUCACUCGCUG